UUUAGCGCUUGGUGAGUUAUGACGUGUAUUGGAUUGUGCUCUUCGAGAAGUAGAUUUUUCACAAGGCUGUAGCAAUUGGAUUUCAGGCAAUUUUCCUCCAUCUUGCUUCGCCCACAUUUACCCGUUUUUGGCUAUUUUUCGAGUGUUUCGACCACCAAUCGUAGUUAAUUCGCGUUUAUUUCGUCGUUUUCUCGCAGAUUGGCUACGUUUUCACGUAGAAGAGACCGUUUGUGGUGGCUCUUGUGGAAAUAGUAAAAAUAUCUGCCCAUUAGUCAUCGUCGCCGACGCCGCCAUCUUUGAAAACGCUUACAAGAAAAGACGUUCGAGAAAUAAAGCCUGAUUACGUGGCAGCUAAGUUGGAAUUUAAUAGCUGAAAGUAGCUGCGUUAUGCCUAGAUUUUCGGCAAAAAGGACUAUUAUGUAUGGACUGUUAUCAGUAGUUUGAAAACGUCUGCUAAUUAAGUAGACUACAGAGAAGAAUUCAAACCAUUACAAUUGUGAAUUGCGAAAAGUAAGACGCAAAAUGGUUUUAUGCAUGAAGAUCAAUAAGUUGUAAAGAAGAAGGAAGUCAUCGAGAGAAGUUAGAAAUCGUGAACAGGAAGCAGUAGAGAGAAAAGCUCCACAGUGACAGAUAGUUGGCGUACGUCAAUCGAAUGACGUUCAAGAUUGCAUUCAAGUCGAUCAAGUAAAACUAAGCAAGUUUUGUAGGGUUUCCCGGACUUUGCUGUAAGACAAAAUGCCACGGAUUGACCCUCUGAAGCUUUUGGUGUGCCUGAGCGUUCUUCUGGCCCCAAAUGGAGGGAUUCGCAGUGCUAACGAAGUUAAACGACUUGCCAACUUGAUGGCAAAGUUCUCCAAGAAACUUGUAUCCAAGUGUAUCUAUAUACAAAUACUGAAGUGCACCGAAACGGAACUCCUGGGUCAAUUUAUGGCUGCCGGUGGCUGGUCGUUGGUGCACAUGUGGCUGGCCGAUGGGAUCACCACCAAGAAUUGGCCAUUGAUCCAGGAACUGUUGGAAUUGCUGCUGUGCUGCCCGGUGGACGUGGAGCGGCUCAAGAGCAACACCGCUCCGAAGCUGGUCAAAACCCUGUCCAAGGAUAGCAGCCAUGAGGGAGUUCGCCUGCUUGCGACAAAACUCGUCGAACAGUGGCUCAAGAUAGCACGUAACGACAUUCGCUCCGGCAAUCAACAGCAAUCGCAACAAUCGUCUCAACAGUCCAGCCCAGCCCAGCAGUCCGGUAGCAGCAGUUCGGAUGACAAAUCGCGUAACCCGGAGGACACCAUGUCGGAAGAAAAUAAAGAUGUCGAUGAGUCAUCGCAUGAGGAGGAGGAGGAGGUUCUGGACGAGACGACGGUGAUCGAAAACGGAGACGACGCUCUGGAUGCCGUAGCAAUAGAGGCCGCCGAUGCGGAACCUACGGAAGAUGGUGUCAUGGAUGAGACGGCAGAGGGAAAGAACGACGAAGGAGAAGAAGAUGUCGAAGAGGCAAAGAAAGCUUUCAACGCUGCAGUGGCGGAUGGCAAUAGCAAGAAGUCUCCGUUGUUGUUUAAAAUUACGAUGAAAAAUGGUAAACAAGUGUUGGCAAAGGUCGAAUCACCGACAAAGAAAGGUGACGCUUCUUUGGGGGAUGACGAAGAGGAGAAACCGAAUGUAGAAGAAGACGGCAUUAAAGAUGAAGUGAAAGAGGAAGACCAAGAUCAAACAUUGACUGAGGAGGGCGAUCCGGAGGUUGAAGAAACUGACUCGAAGGAAAAGUUGAAUAAAAGUGUGUCUGACAAUGGAGAUAAGGACGAGAAAAAAGAUAAAAGUGAAGUGGAAAAGGAAAAAGACAAAGAUCGAAGGAAAAGUGUUGAAAAGGAUCGAAGCAAAGAGUCCAAAGAAAAAAUCUCUUCUAAGGAUAAAGAUAAGCAUCGGGAUAAGAAAUCUAGCAGCAGCGGUCAUAGAUCCUCCUCAUCCAAGUCAUCUUCGUCGUCGUCGAAGCAUAACAGCAGCACGAGUAGCAACAGCAGCAAAAGCAAAUCCACCAGCUCGAGUUCGACUGGCAAGAGUUCUAGUUCUAGCUCCAAAGACAAGGAUAAGGAGAAAGAUCGUAACAGUAGUAGCAGCAAGCAACAUCACAAACACUCAUCCUCGUCGAAAACAUCUAGCAGGAGCAGCAGCAGCAGUAGUUCAAAUGACAAGCACCGCGAGCACAAAGACAAGGAAAAGUCUAGCCAUUCAAGCAAGGACAAAGAAGGUCAUCCGAAGAUAUCCUCCCCGGCCAGUAGUAGUAAGUUGGACAAAAAUCCUAAAAAAUCUAGAGAUGGAGCCGAUGAGAAGUCAGAUUCAUCGGCGGACAACAGCAGACCGUCACCAGCGAAUAGUAACAAGAAAGCGUCGAUUUCGAUUGAAGUGCGCAACUCCGAGCAUCGUCCGAAAACGGUCAAGACGUUCAACUCUCAAUUCCGCUCGCACGGUUUGAUUGAGGAAGCGCCUCCGCCGCCAUCGCGUAAGGGUCUGAAGAAGCCAUUGACGACGACAACGUUGGGGGUUGUGGGAUCAACUGCUACCGGAACCGUCCACACCAAACGGCCAUCACCGCCGCCUUCAUCCAAAGAAGGACCCCCGGAGAAGAAAGCCCGCGAAGAUCCCGCCGAGCGACCGGGUGCAAUUAAGCUGAUUCCACCGAAAAGGCAGCCAUCCCUCAUCGAAUCGGACAUGUUCAUGGACGCACUGUCUGCCACGCUGAAAAAGGAUGUGAAAAAGCGCAAGCGAAAACUGAGCGGUUCCGAGCCGGGUAAAGUGGGUGAUCAUAAAGCUGGUACCGCACCCAGCACCCCUACCACCCCCACUACCCCUACGCCGGAGAAAUCGCUCGUCGCUGCCAAGGCAGCCUCACCGGAAAAGACCAUCCUACUUUCACCGCCGACGAGCCCAACGCGGGAGGACAAAGAACCCGCCACUUCAACCACCGCAGCCGUCGGUCCUAGCUCCCCGGUCUCAUCAGGGCCUGCCUCCCCGACGAAUGUAGUGGCCGCACCGAUGUCGUUCUACCGAGAUACGCUUGCCGAUAGCGAAGAAACUGCCGAGGACAAAAAAGAACAGCCGGAGAAAAGCGAACCGGCGGAUGCACCGGUGGCAGCCGAGCCCGAAAGCGCUGUCGAAACGAAACCCGAGGAAAUCCCCGAUACUCCGGCCGAACCGGACGACGAAGAUGAAGAUGUGGUGAAGAAGCCGAAACGUCUAAAAUCCGAGGUAAUCGAGGACGACGACGCAGACGACCGGAACGAUCUGAUCGAUGCCGUUGGCGAUGAUGUAGCCAAGAAGAUGGAAGCGGAAGUGCCGGAGAAGAAACUGCCCGGUCCCGGCUGCGGUCCGGAUGGUCCACCGGGUGUAUUAGUUAUCCAUCGACGCAAGGGACCGAAGAAGCAAUUGAAGUGGAAGGCCCAAGAAGACCUCGAAGAAGUGCGAUACUUCGAACUGGAUGUUACCGAACGAUGCAACGUGACGAGGACGUUCACAGAUCUCAAACAUUUGGAACGGGUGGACGAACGAAAUAAGUACAUGCUUGCUCGCAAGGUGGACGCCGAAGACAUGAUGGUGGAACGAACGGCCUGGUUGCCACUGAUUGCCAUCGAUAACGUUCCGCCUCACCCCGAAGGUGUCAACAGCCAGGAGCGGCGAAUCCAGCAGAAUCGCGAGCGAACCAUCCUGCAGGCAUUGUACUUCAACCGACACAUGAUUCCGGACUCGCCUGCCGAACCGGACGUCGAUGUUUACUCCAUCUCCGAACCGAUGCAUAUUCCCAUGGAUGACGUGACCGGAAAUCCGGACUCUAUCAACGAUUUCACCAGCAUGCCUUGGCCGGAACCGAAGUCUACUCCACCGCAUGAAUCGGCCGGCUUCAACUCGCCGUUCUUCACCGGAUCGGCAAACGACUUCCCACCGUUCGGAAAUACCAGCAACUGGGAACUGCCCGGUGCGAAUAACGGUCCACUGCCAGGAAUGUUCCCACCCGGUAGAAUGGGUCCGAUAAUGCCACCGAUGGGUGGAAACAAUGGACCUCCUCCCGGGGCUCCUCCUAUGAUGCGUCAGAUGAACAUGCCCUCCAAUAUGCCUCAUAAUAUGCCACCAAACAUGGGAGCACCCCAUCCGAACAUGUUUCAGAAUAACUUCGUUCGGGGGCCUCACCCGAUGCAGCAGCACAUGAACGAUCGGGACGACGAAACCUUCCGGAACGGUCCUCCACCGCCACCUGCCUGGUUCGGUGGCAACAGUAGAGAGGGAAACAACCGUGGCCCUCCACCUCACCAAGGAAACUUCAACAACCGCGGGGGUGGUGGUCGAGGAGGCGGUGGCAACUGGAACAACAACCGUGAUCACGAUCGAGGUGGUCCACGAGGUAGCAACUAUCGGCCUCCGUGGUUGAACAACAAUCGUGGCAAUCAAAACAACCACCGAGGAGGUGGAGGUGGUCGAAAAUGGUAAAACUAAUCCAGGUGAUAAUGUACAUAGUAUUGUGUAGGAAAAAAUGAACUAGUGAGCUUGUUUUAAAGCCAAUAUCUUACUCUAGACUGGUAAUAAGACACAUCGUCGACCAAAACUGAAUGGCAGGAUUCGAUUCGAUAGCAUUUUGAUUAUUCUUUUACGAUUAAGUCUGAAAAGCUACUUGUGUAGACCUAGAAGGUACAAAUUAGUUACGCAAGCCUGAUUAGUUAAUGAUUUGAUCUUUAAUU